AUGGGUUGUGUAUCCUCUAAAGUAACAUAUAUAGGACAUGAAGAUCCAUUCAUUCUUGCAUCAGAAACUACUUUUAGUGUAAGUGAAGUUGAAGCGCUAUUUGAACUUUUUAAGAGCAUAAGUAGGUCUGUCAUUGAUGAUGGAUUAAUAAGCAAGGAAGAAUUUCAAUUGGCAAUUUUUAAUAAUAGAGCAAAGGAAAAUCUCUUUGCUAAUCGGAUUUUUGAUCUAUUUGAUGUUAAAGGAAAAGGAGUAAUUGACUUUGGUGAUUUUGUGAGAGCACUCGAUGUGUUUCAUCCAAAUGCAUCACAAGAUGUCAAGAUAGAUUUUUCAUUUAGACUUUAUGAUUUGGACAAUUCAGGUUUUAUAGAGCGUCAUGAAGUCAAAGAAAUGAUAAAUGCAAUUUUAUGUGAAUCGGAAAUUAAGUUGAGUGAUGAUAUGGUAGAAACAAUUAUUGAGAAGACUUUCUUGGAUGCUGACCCAAACCAAGAUGGAAAAAUAGACAAAUCCGAGUGGAAAAUCUUUGUUUCUAAAAACUUGUCAUUGCUAAAAAUCAUGACACUACCCAAUCUAAGGGAUAUAACAACAAGUUUUCCAAGUUUUGUAUUUAACUCAAAGUUGGAUGAUGACAUUGUUACUUGA